ACAGACUAAACAAAACUAGUAAACUGCCACUGCGCAGAGAACAGCAGAAAGAGACGCGCGUAUCUUGCGAUCGUUGGCUCUUUAUCUAAUUCAUGUUAAUUUUAGAUUUGUUAUGGUCUUAAUAUCAGUAUUAAUAGAAAAAAUAUAUAUAUCGGUACAGAUUCGAUUUUUUUAGUUUAAUUAAGUAAAAAUUAUAAUCUUCGUACAUCGGAGUAAGCAGUGAGUAGAAAUGAGAAUUUUAAAGGGCUGGGGUGGAGCGGCGGCGCUAUCGGCUUUUCAUCAGGCCCUCGUCGUGAUUCUAAUAAACAUACCUUCGGUAUCGUUUGGCCUGGCACUAGGCUGGGUGUCUCUGCUGAGCGGGGAAGCGGCUGAUGAAAGCGACAAGGGCGCUGUCUUCGCGGCCGUCACUACUUUUUUGGCGUGCUUUGUGGCCGUACCGAUUAGCGCCAAGAUUAUCACAUACGGAAGAAAGUAUGCUGUCAUGGCCGCUUCAGCAUGUUUCGUGUUGUGUUGGUCGCUAAAGCUGGUUUCGGUGUCAGCGAGUGACGGAUGGAUGAUAGGCGGACGGCUUGCGGCAGGGCUCGGCGGCACCGUGGCUUGGACACUGGCCCCGUUGCUGGCUAGAGAGAUGUGCAGCGAGGGUUGGUGUGGAGCAGCAGUGUCGGCACUGCCGCUGGCUCACAACGCAGGUAUCCUGCUCAUGUAUCUCGCCGCCGAUGCUAGGAUACACCAUAGUACCGUGAUAUGGUCGUGCCUCGGGGUAUCGGUUUUUCAUUUCUUCGUGUUUAUGUUUAUACCGGAGUCACCCUCGUUUCUUGCCGCUAAAGGAAAGAAUGAAGAAGCCCGAAGCUCUCUGGCGUGGCUACGAGGUCGAUCGACUAAUUCGCCGAAACUCGAUGCUGAGCUUAAGACAUUGCCACCCGCCGAGAAAGGAGACGAGUCUUCCCUCUCUCGGACCCUGGAUUUGUUUCGAGACCGUCAGAGGCGAUGGGCGUUCGCUAUCGGGUUCGUGGCGGUCAUGGGCCAAGAAAUGUGCGGAAUACUGGCCAUCACGCAGUACGCCGAGCGGCUGUUCAUAUUGACGCGGGACCGAGCCGCCGCGGUCUCGAUAGCCUCGGCACCCGAAGGCCCAGUGCUGCUUGCGACGCCCGCCCGGCACGCCCUUAUCCUCGGCGCCUUGCAAAUCGUAGCGUCCGCCCUAUCUCUUUACCUGGUGGAAAGGCUCGGCCGCAGGCCGCUUAUCGUAGGGUGCGCUUGGGCGGUGGGCCUGUCGCUUGGCGGGGCAGCGGUGGCGGUCUGGGCGGGUAAAGCCGAGGUUGCCGCUCUAGCGGUUGCCUUGGCCGUGGCCAUCGACGCCGCAGGCUUGCAGGCCGCACCCUACGCUCUGUUAUCCGAUAUGUUCGCUUACGAGUAUCGUGGGUGCGCGACGAUGUUGGCGAUGGCUGGCGUGUGCCUGGGUAAUUCGAUCGACGUGAUCAUGUUUCCGGUGAUAGUUGUGCACAGCGGAGUGGCUGCAUCACUUCUGACGGCCGCCGCGAUGACGCUGGCUUACGCCGUAUUUGCCUCGAUCGCCGUGCCCGAGACCAGGCUCAAGACGCCCGAGCAGAUUUAUGACGCGAUCUGUCCGGCGGCAAGUCAGUGCCACAGUGUUAGAGUCAGCAAUAAGUGGAAAAGUGGGACUAAAGGCGAAAAACAUUCUGCUUGUACUAGUUUCUAAGUUAUUAAGGGUUAGAUUUGAAAUAUCGCAAUUAUAAAAUAAAUAUUAAUAGGUAUGUAUUCUAUCUUAACAAACAUAAGGUAAAUUAGAUAAUGUGGACGCGUGCCAAUUGUUUACUAUGUAAAUAUAAAUAAAAUGUCUAUAAUGGAUGUAAAUGCGUAUAUGUAUAACUUAAUAAGUAUAUGUAAGGUGAACUCCGUUGCGAGUUCGUUAAUUCGAUAUCGCUGAAGCAAUAUUUGCAGCCAUCGUUGCCAUGACAACGUCCCACUAAUGUUCACCAUAGUUAGAUUGAGGUUGCUUUGUGUUUUCUUGUGCAUUGCACUAACACUUGUGGCCGAACACAAUUAUUAUAAUCAGUGUAGAAUUGUUGUGCGCUAGUGAUUUUUGCUUUUUACUCUAGAGAUCUACUAUUCAUUUAAACCUGUAAGACAUCUAACAUAUUUGACGUUUAAAAAUAUUUUUCAUAAGUAAAUUUACAUGAAUUAGUGCUUACUUCAAAUUAUAUAUAUUUAAUGUGCAUUCAAACACUUUUAAAGCGUUGUUGUGUUGAAUUUCAAUAAGCAAAGCUAAGCAUUAGAUUGGUAAAACGGCUGAUAAAGGUGUGUAAGUACUUUUGUCUAGAUAUUUAGGUAAAACAAUUAUAACAUUUAAACACACAUAUAUUAACCUUUAUUAAAACUGUACGGUUCCUGGGUCAUCUUUAAAUAAUAGAUAAUUUGUGUUUUACUCUAUAAUAAACACUCGCGUACAACAAUACAAUAUUAGCGAAAUAAUGAAAUGUUAAUUGCUAUGUAAUGAAUAAUUGUAAUGUAGACAGUUGAAGAGAGCCUACAAAUGGCUAUACUCUCGUGGCGUAACUCUCAUGAUUUAGUUAAUUGCUAUGAAACGAAUGAAUACAUAGUAACAGUUGAAGAGAGUGUAACUCCAACGAUUUGGCAAAUCGCCACAUUUAUAAAACU